AUGGCGACGAAGAAGUUACUGAAUCCGAGACCAUUGCCAACACCAAAACCCUCAACUUCUUCUUCUUCCUCUUCAGCGAUCUCAAACCUCCCUCUACCCUCUCCACCCUCUGACACACCCGUGUCCCCAGUUCACUACGCCCGCUUCCUGGACUUCCUGAGGGCCCAUUGGGCUCCACCGUUCACUCCAGACUCCCUCCUCCGCUUCCUGAAAUCGAAGCUCCACCACCACCCCUCCUUCUCCCAAUUCGACUUUCACCUCUUCACCUGGGCCUCCUCCAUCGACUCCUUCCGCCACACCCAUGCCACUUUCCACUGGAUGGCCCGCACCCUCGCCGCCACCCACCGCCUCCCCCAGCUCCGCGCCCUCCUCCACCUUAUUGCCACUCACCCCUGCCCCUGUUCCCCCUCCAUCUUCUCCUGCCCCCACACCCAACCUAUCUUCUCCCACGCCAUCCACGCCUUCUCCAAAUCCUCCCAACUCCACCACGCCCUCUCUGCAUUUCACUCCAUGACCAAAUUGAUAGACUCCAAGCCAAACGUCGCCGUUUUCAACGUCCUGAUCCACGCCUUCGUCAAACGAGGUGACCUAAACCAGGCCCUCCAGUUUUACCGUGAGAUGGUGGCUACCCACCGCGUUAAGCCUGAUGUUUUUACCUUCAAUAUUUUGAUCAGUGGUUACUGUCGGAACUCGCAGUUCGCGUUGGCUCUAGAGGUGUUUCACGAGAUGGGGAAAAUGGGGUGUGAGCCCAAUGUGGUUACUUUUAAUACCUUGAUGAAGGGGAUGUUUAGAGAGGGGAGGGUUGAGGAUGCCAUUGGGAUGGCUCGUGAGAUGGUUCAACUAGGGUGUGGGUUUUCGUGUGUUACUUGUGAGAUUUUGGUUCAAGGGCUUUGUAAGGAAGGGAAGGUUUUACAGGCGUGUGAGUUGUUGCUGGAGUUUUCUGAAAAGGGGGUUAUGCCAGAGGGGUUUGAUUGUUUUGCUUUAGUGGAGGUAUUGUGUGGGGAAGGGUGUGCUGUGAGAGCGUUGGAAGUUGUCUAUGAGUUGUGGAAUGGAGGGAGUGUUCCGAGUAUGGUUGCUUGUAUUGUUGUGGUUGAUGGGUUAAGGGGGUUGGGCAAGACUGAUGAGGUUCAGAGAUUUGUGGAAAGGAUGCUUGAUGAGGGUAUGGUGCUGGAUGUUGUGACUUUCAAUUGUGUUCUUCGGGAUAUUUGCGAUGCACGGAGAACCAAUGAGGCGAAUAGAUUGAUGUUACUUGCUUUGAGCAAGGGUUUGGAACCGGAUGACAUGACUUAUAGGACUUUGGUUAUGGGUUAUAUGGGAGAGGGAGGGAGGGAGGAAGGAGAGUUGUUGGUGAAUGAAAUGUUGGACAGGGGGUUUAUACCUGAUCUUGCUUCAUACAAUAAGUUGAUGAGUGGAUUGUCUAAUUGCAGGCGCUCUAAACAAAUUUGA